CACCAUUCCUCAACCCCACUCAUCGUUCUUCUUCAUCUUCCAACUCCCAAUUCUGCUCUACUAAACCACUAACCCCCGCAAUUCAAAUUUCAACACUCCAUUCCACAAUGCAUAAACCCAAAAAACCUUGAUUCUGCGCUCAUUCAACCUGGAUAACUCUUCUGUCAUGAACGGUUUGUUAUCACAGCUCUCAUCAUUCACAGCCACCAUACUCGGAAGAACCACUCGGUUCGUCUCAAACAACGCAACUCCUUCCAAUUUCUCGUUCCCGAUAAAAUCACUUCAUUCUUGUGUUAGGUCUGAAUUCGCGUUGACAGGGACUCGCUGCUAUUCCACUAGAAAACCUCGCAAAAGUGGUGUUUCUCAGCGGACGAAAGUAGAGGCGGAAACGACGAUGGAUAAGGAAAAGGAUGCUUUUUAUGUUGUGAGGAAAGGGGAUGUUGUUGGGAUUUAUAAUAGUCUUAGUGAUUCUCAGGCUCAAGUUGGAUCUUCGGUAUGUGAUCCUCCUGUUAGUGUAUUUAAGGGAUAUUCGUUGUCGAACGAAACAGAGGAAUAUCUUCUCUCGCAUGGACUAAAGAAUGCUUUAUACACAAUUAGAGCCUCUGAUUUGAAAGAGGAUUUGUUUGGAUCACUUGUUCCAUGUCCGUUCCAGGAACCUUCUUCUACCAAAGGGACCAUAUCAAAUGCAGAUACAUCUAAAAAGAGAGCUAUAGGAGUACUCGAACAGGAUAAUGUGGACCCUUCUUCUACCAAAGGGACCACAUCAAGUGCAGAUACAUCUAAAAGGAGAGCUAUAGAAGUGCUAGGACAAGAUUAUGUGAAAUCAAUUGGUUUGACAUCCAUCUCUGAAGAUCCUUUCAAAAAGCAAGUCAAGUUAGAUCGUUCUACCGUGAGCGAAGCAUCUUCACUUGCAAAUAAGACUUGUAUUGUUGAGUUCGACGGUGCGUCAAAAGGAAAUCCUGGAAAAGCUGGUGCUGGGGCUAUUCUGCGAUCUAAAGAUGGGAAUGUGAUUCAUAGGGUUCGUGAAGGCGUGGGUAUAGCAACAAACAAUUUUGCUGAAUAUCGUGCAGCGAUAUUGGGAAUGAAAUAUGCUCUUAAAAAAGGAUUCACCAAUAUCUGUAUACAAGGGGACUCUAAACUUGUGUGCUUGCAGAUUGAUGGCUCAUGGAAGGUCAAGAAUGAGAGCUUGGCUACAUUGUAUAAGGUUGCCAAAGAACUCAAGGAUAAAUUUGCAUCAUUUCAGAUCAGUCAUGUUCUAAGGGAAUUCAACUCCGAGGCUGAUGCUCAAGCCAAUUUGGCCGUCCAUCUUGCUGAUGGCCAAGUUCAGGAAGAGUAGUAGGUUAAUUCAUUCACCGGCAGUUAAUGGUUAUGAAUUGGGUUUCAAUUUACGGAUUCCUGUCACUGUUCUUUCAUUUAUUGGUGUCAAAUUAUACAGCAAUCAAAACCUCAAGAACAAACUAUUUUGAACUAGUCCUCUAUUUAGUUUUACUGAUACAGGCUGAGUAUUGUCCCUCAACAGCCAGCAGUGCCAAUGAUAGUAAUCUUUUGACAUCAGAACUUUUCAAUUUCUGUCAAAGAUGGCGGAGUGAAUGAAGGUGGAUUUUAUGAUUUUCAUUCUUGGGGAUAUGGUAGAGCAGAAGCUCUUUAUUGUCUUCUGCACACUUGAUUACUACUAUUAAAUUACACUAAUUAUGUUUUUUUGGCCGAAAGUGCUGUUUCAUUUCGUGUAAUAAUAUCAAUAUGGAAGUGACACAAAUGGAAUAAUCCUGUAAAUUGUAUUAAGACUUAAAAAUGAUUCAAAUUAAUCACAAAAAUGGAAUAAUCCUACAAAUAUGAAAUGAUUCGAAUUAAUCACAAAUGAGUUGUCUAGUAAAUAAUGUCUCAGUGUUGAAUGGCAAGGAGCAAUGCCAUAAGCUCUUUCUCAUAUACUGAUUAAGACAUAUGUUACGAUCCGACAAAGCUCUGGUGAAAAAGGAUAUGAGAUGCCUCUGCAGAAAAAUGUAAAGACUCGUGAUUCUAAUCACAUUGCUACUUGAUUCAAAUCAUACCGAUUAGAUUUGGGAAAGUUCAUUUUCCCAUGUGUAUAAUGAUUUUCAAAAGAUGCAAUGAUAUGAGAAAUUUGAUAUGAGGGAUACUUACAACAAGUCUAACUAGCAACCUAUUGACUUCAAUAAAAAAACCAAAGUAACUCCUAAAAUUAGGAGACUGUCAUGCACUCACCCUUCCCCUCGUACAAAAAUUUAUUUCUUACUCGAUUCAUGUAAUGGUUUAUGAAUCUUGAAGACCUUGUCACCAGUCUCAACUUCACCCAUCCAUUGUUACACCUACUUCUUUUUCUUUUAAAAGAGACAUUUUCAAUUUUCCAUCUAUCUCAUCAACGACUAAGAAUAGAGAACAAGA